GACUUCAGAGCUUCUGCGUAGGCGAAUUCAGUUGUUGCGAGACAUUGAACGCGUUCACAAUUUCGAUCAGCUCUGGAAAAGUGAUUAGUAUUUGCUAAAAUCAAAUUUGAACAAUAUGGCUGACAAAUUGGAUGUAAUAAUAUUCGGUGCAACCGGUUUCACUGGAAAGAUUGUUGUCGAAAAGGCGGAGGAAGUGUUACAAGGUCUCACAUGGGGUAUUGCGGGCAGGAAUUUGAGCAAAUUAGAGACGGUAUUGAGUACGGUCGGUAAAAAAGUUGGCAAGGAUCUGACGCAUAUCCCGAUCACUUUGGCGGAUGUUGAAGAUGAAAAGUCCAUUAAAGAGAUGGCAAACAAGUGCAAGGUCGUUGUGAAUUGCUGUGGUCCCUAUCGUUUUUAUGGUGAAAUAGUGGUGAAGGCUUGCAUUGAGGCCGGCACGCAUCACGUCGACAUUAGUGGUGAGCCACAAUUUAUAGAAGGCAUGAUGGUGAAAUAUCAUGAUUUGGCUAAGGAGAAACACUCCUAUGUGAUCUCCGCCUGUGGAUUUGAUAGCAUACCCGGAGAAAUGGGUGUGGUAUUUGCAGAACGCAAUUUCCCAGGCACUGUGAACUCCAUCGAAUCCUACUGGGAGAAUACCGUCGAUUUCAAAGAUAAAAAUUGUAAAACUUUGGUACAUGCCGGCACUUGGGAGAGUCUCAUUCAUGUUUUAUGCCACACCGAUGAGCUUAUUGCGAUCAGAGGGAAGUUGACACCCAAAGAUCUGCCCCCAUUGGUACCGGAAUUGAAGAUGCGCCCCUACCCACAUAAGGUGCCUACGUUGGAUAGAUACUUUGUACCUUUCCAUGCUGGCGAUCGUGAUCUUGUCGUGCAGACACAAAAUUUUCGGUUCGAAAACGAGAAAAAGCGGCCCAUACAAUAUGAGAACUACAUUGGUUAUAAGUCACUUUUCUACGCGCUCUUUGUGCCAUUGUUACUGUCCUUAAUUACAAUUCUCGCGCAAUACAGUUGGACGCGUAAAGUGCUAAUGAUGUUCCCGAAAUUUUUCACUUUGGGUAUUUUAACAGAAGAGGGUCCCACUGAAGACAACAUGGAGGGACACUCCUUUGAAAUGUUUUUCAAGACCAAAGGCUGGACCAAAGAUCAAUCGCUGACUGAAGAGCCUAAACAGCAAUUAUGGACUCGUAUUUCUGCGCGCAAUCCCUUCUAUGCGAUGACUGCUGUGGCAAUUUUGUCUUCGGCUAAGGUUAUUUUGCAGGAGACCGACAAGCUGCCGGGAAGCGGCGGCGUGAUUUCACCUGGCUAUGCUUUCCCCAAAACAAGUCUAAUUGAGGAGUUACAGAAGUAUAAAUAUGGCAUCAAAUUUGAAGUACUGAAAUUGGAGCAAUACGCAGUCAGUUUGAAAAUGUCAGUGAAAUUAGACGCAAUCAUAUUCGGCGCCACCGGAUUUACUGGGCAAAUUGUUGUCGAAAAAGCGCCAGAUGUACUGCAGGGUCUCACUUGGGGUAUAGCGGGACGUAAUAAGAGCAAGCUAGAAAAUGUGCUGAGUAAUGCGGGUCAGGCAAUUGGUAAAGAUCUCAGUGCGGUGCCGAUCAUAUUAGCCGAUGUGGAAGAUCGUAAAUCGAUCGAGGAGAUGGCAGCGAAAUGCAAGGUCGUCAUCAAUUGCUGUGGCCCAUAUCGCUUCUACGGCGAGGUGGUUGUAAAAGCCUGCAUUGAAGCCGGCACACAUCAUGUGGAUAUUAGCGGAGAGCCACAAUAUAUCGAAGGCAUGCAAGUGAAGUACCAUCAAUUGGCGCAAGAGAAGCGCGCUUAUAUAAUAUCUUCAUGCGGAUUUGAUAGUAUACCUGCUGAAAUGGGUGUAAUACACGCUGAAAAAAACUUUCCAGGCACCGUGAACACCUGUGAAUUGUUUUGGGAGAACAUACUUGAUUACCGUGACAGAAGCUCUAAAGCUGUGCUCCAUGCCGGCACUUGGGAGAGCGCCGUACAUGCAUUCGCUAAUUACGGUGAAUUACAUAGAUUGCAUCGUGCGCUAGAGACGGAGAAGUUGCCAGAUUUACGUCCAAAGCUCAAAUACUGCCGCUUUGCGCAUAAAGUUCAAUUUCUCGAUCGAUAUUUCUUCGCCAUACAUGGCGCUGAUCGUGAUGUCGUAAUGAAUACUCAACGUCUGCGUUAUUUGAAUGAAAAGAAACGCCCAAUACAAUUCGAAAAUUACAUUGGCUUCCGUUCGCUGUGGACCACUAUUUUGACCCAAAUUAUACUACUUUUCACCGUAUUAAUGGCGCAGAUCCCCGGGGUACGACAAAUUCUAAUGAAAAAUCCGAAAUUCUUUACCAGAGGUCUUAUGUCACACGAAGGACCCGUAGCGGCGAACCGAGCAACACAACGGCUCAAAAUGACAUUCCGCACCAGAGGUUGGACCGAACAACAGUCAUUGUCUGAGGAGCCGAAACAGGAGCUUUUAACGCGUCUCUCAUGCCUCGAUCCAUUCUAUGGCAUGACGUGUUUGUCAAUCUUGGCUGCUGCCAAAAUCAUACUCAAAGAGCAUGAUCAAAUGCCGAACGCUGGUGGUGUGAUCCCGCCCGGUUACGCCUUUGCGAAUACCAGUUUCAUCGAAGAGUUGGGUCGUCAGAAGAAUGGCAUGAAGUUUGAAGUAUUAAAGUUGGAGCAGCAAUGAUUAUACAUACAUACAUAUAUCUAAGAAAAAUAUUUAACACUUAACAUGGGUUUUGGAAGAUUUAUAUUUUUUGUAAUUUUAUUAAAUAUAUUCUAAAUAUAUUUUUGCAAUAAAAUACUUAUUAUAAACAUA